CUUCUUCUUCUUCUUCUUCUUCUUCUUCUUCUUCUUCUACCUCGCUGACCAUCGACUCCUUCACGCCUGGGGACUCCUACAGCCUUGAAGGUAAGUUCUCAGGUGAACGCUCCAGUGAAGAUCCAGCAGGAUUCUGUCCACUGCACAAAGUGUUGUGUCGUUAUCUGAUGAACAACUGGAUUUAACUGGACUUAUAAACGCACUCACACAAACGUAUAAACACAAACACGCAUGUAAACACGCACUAAGCCGAGAAGAGAGUCAUUUCUUGUAAUAUCACAACACAAGGAUCUACACACUGACUGGUGUGGUGGUGUCUUGCAGCCGGCCGGCAGCGAGGGCGAGCUGAGCCAGGCCGACGCUCGGGGCUCGGCCGGCAGCAGCAGCACGCUGGCUUCCUCUGUCAUCGAGGUGGAGGCUGAACUGUCAGAACAGCUGCCACGUAAAAACAAGGAAAAGGAAGAGGAAGAAGAGGAGUUGACGUCACUUAUUGCUGCUCCUACUCUGUCCAUCACCGAGGAGAUCCUGGAGUUCAUCAACCAGAGCAGAGCCAGGGAGGGACUCGCCUCCAUUCGCACUGACACAACGGAGCAGGUCCUGGAGGAGCUCAAGGAGAGUCCGACUCCAGCUUACCAGACCAACUUCACCUGCCCACUGCCCCCAGCCGCCUGCCCCUCCAGCCCAGUGCAGAGGACCUCAGGGCCGGAGGAGAGGGGAAGCCCAGUAGGGGAGGAGGACAGCGCCCUCCACAGUUUGACCGGGGGCUCUGCGGAUGAAAUUAGACUUGAAAAUAAGACUGAGCUCAAAGAAAUUCCAGAUGCCCCAAGUGAAGUUGAAAUGGUAGUGGAGGCAGAUGAAGAGAAACAAGGAGAAGGUUUAGAAACAGUCAAAGAUGAGAAUAAAGCUUUGGAUGAGGAGGAGGAUGUCAGCCCUGCUCCAGGAUCUGAUCUUCAUCCCUCCGCCUCAGCAGAAGAAAAGAGAGAGAGCGGAUGCAGCUGUAACUCACCCACUGAGGAGGCAAAGAACGAGGUCACAACCUCCUCGCAAAGUUCAGAUCUCCUCCUUCAGCCCAUCCAGAGAUGUCAGCCGCCCACAAGAGGCUCCCACCUGACCAAACGAGACAAGAAGAUCAUCGAAAAGAUCCGGAGUUACUACGAGGCAGCCGCCGAGGCCGAGGAGGAGUUGGCAGAGGAGGAAGAGGAGCAGGCAGAACGAGUGGCAACAAGAAGGCGGAACAGUUUCUCACAAAUCCCAUCCGGCUUGGUGAAGAAGUCUAUAUCACGCUUAGAUGUGAGUGGACACCAGGGGGAGCCAGAGAGUGGACAAUCCAUGUCUGAAACGAUCAAUGGAGAGACUUAUGGAGAGACGGAUCCCUGUUUCAUCAAUGGUCCCACCUCGUCCCCAACUCCUAUCUCAGCUGAUGGAGAGGGUGAUGGACAGGCAGAUAAACCAAUCAGCUCCCUGGAUUCUGAUGCAGACAGACCGAUGGAGACACCAACCUCUACUGUGAUGCAGGACCAGGAGACCCCAGACCAAGUUGGCGAGACUCUACAGCAGAACCAUCCGGCUGGAGAAGAGAGUGAGGCACAGGACAAAAAUGGAAAUUUCUGCAGUGGACUGUUGGAAGAAGAAGAUCUGUGGGAUAAGCAGGAGGGAAAGACAAGUGUUGUGGCUACUGGGAAGCAAGAUGGACAUUCACUGCGAGGAGAAGGACCAUCAGUUUCCAAACCAGACGAAACCACCUGUCCCGAAAACCAAGCUGUGAUCAGCAGUUGUGAAAAAACUGUCUCGAUAGAAUCAAAAGAAGGCGGCGAAGAGCCAUCUUCACCUUCACGUACAGAACAAUGUCUGAAAACUGAGACCAGAGCUCAGUCCCACUGGAGCUCAUCCAAACACAGAGAGCAGGCCAAGACCAGCAGAAACCUAGAGGGUCUUCCCAGUCAGAUAAAAGUGUGUGGAUGGUCCCGCCACUCCAGGAUCGUCACCGCUAACCGGGCCUUGUUUGAGGGCAUGGGAUCGGAUGUAGCCGGUUUGGGAUUAUUUGAGUCCAGUCCAGUGGCGGACUCCGUAUUGAUAGAAAACUCAGAGCGUAUUCUGAGCAAGGUCCAAACACUGGCUAGUAUGUACAGCGCCAAAGCCAGCACCAUGAAGGUCCCGUUGCAUCAGAAACGCGCCUUUGGGGUAUGGAACCAAUCAUGGGGCUCAGGUACCCUGACUGGACACUCUACUCAGACCCACACUAGGAGCCAGCAACAGGUUCAAUCCCAGACUCAAAAACAAAUCCCAGCUCAGUGCAGGCAGCAACCGAAACACCAAAUGGAAAUCAAUCAAUCAGAAACCCAAACUGGAACCCAUACCCAGUCUGCGACCAAAAAUCUGAGCAACACCACAACACAAUCGAGGGAACAGCCAACACAUUUCCAAAACCAGACAAAGCUCUGCAGCCAGAACCAGACCAUGAACAUGGAGAACCAGAGGAUGCAGGAAGAGAGAAUGAUGAGGAGAGCUCAGAGUCUGACAAAUGAUUUCCAGGGGACGACGACCUCUGCCUGUCACCACCAGACACAUGAAUUCACCCUCUCCAGGCCCAGGGACUUUAUCUUCGCCUUGACCAGAGAAAGAGACUCUCGGUUGGGCGUCAACUGUCCGACUUCCACCUCCCCUGAGGAAAAUCAAUCCACUGGACUAAGAGAUCAAUCAUCCAGUCAAGCCCAAGAGGCUUCUCCAGGAUCCAGACAGCGCCUCAGUGCACAACCUGAGGAUCAGAGCCCUUCUUUCUGCUGCUCUGCCCCGAACAACCCCUUGACUUCCACCAGGACCUUGGAUUGUAGCGUCACCGAAUUCAGGGGCCUCUCUGCUCCCCCAGGAAGAGGAGGAGCCCUGGAUCAAAACAGAGAGUUUCAAACAGAUACUGAAGUGAGGGACAGAAAAGACGGGUUGGAGCAGAGUGCUGGACACCCUGGUUACUCCAUCAGAGAAGACUCAACAUUUGUAAACAUCAUGACAGCACACAAAUAUUAUCAGGACACACCAGCGACUCAAGAUAACGAAACACCAGAAUGCAAAGUCCCCACAGGGCGUUCAGACACCGAGGAUGUGCCGAGUCUUCAUACCGGGCCUGAACACUUGGUUUGCACAAAGAUCAUGGACAGAGAGGCAUCGCCAGGGGAGCCGGUCCUCGGAGUAGCAUCUGCUCAGAGCCUGUCUCCUGCAGAGGACCAGGGCUCCAUGGUGCCUCACCUAGGACAGCAGCCCACCCCUCAGGAGGAACAGUACACUUCACCGGGGACCUCUGGGGCGCCAAAGAUAGAUGAGCUGCCAAGCAAUCAGAUGAAACCAAAUGAGACAAAUAAUACUUUAAAUUCUUCAUCACAAAGCAGGAAGAUUCUACAGGGGUCAACGCUGAUCUUUUCAGAAGAGCCGGCUUGCAGCCGAGCCUCAAGAGAACUCGUUGUUCCAGCUCCUCUGCGUCAGCCUUUGCACUUAACCUUUGACCCCUCUGUGGCUUCUAGUCAUGCAUUCCCAGAAACCCAAGAGGAUCUCAAAGCAGGAGCAGGAGCAGCACCGAGGCCAUGGCGCUCUCCAUCAGUGCCGUCUACAGACUGUAUACCAACCUUCACCAGCCAGAGGGCACCAGACUUACCCACCACUGUGGGUGCACAGGCUCAGUCUAACUCCUGGAGUGUCAGUAGCAACACUCCAUGUGAAUACAGGGAACAACACCAGCAGGACCUCACUCGUCCACCGUCCAGACCCUCCUCCGGGACAACCAGCCUGGUGGAGCGACCCAACCAAGCCAUCGCUACCCAUACCUAUGACACAGAGCUCUCCACAGCCCCUUCAGCCUUCAGACCUAGAUUCAGACCCUCCUCUCCUUCUCCUGUUAGAAACUGCCCCACCUCCUCUUCUGCUGUGCGAGCUCCUCCUUGCUCCUCAACAUUCAGGGUCGUUCCAGCACCUUCUCCAACCAGUGUCUCUGUAGAUGGCUUCACCUCCCCGAACAUGUUCUCCGACGCCCUUUCCUGUUUAUCCCCUACUCCCUCUUCUGGCAGGGUUUCCUCCACAAGAGUCCCACCUGCCUCAUCUCCAGCACCAACUGCUUUCACCUCCUCCUCCUCUUCCUCUUCUUCUUCUUCUUCUUCUUCUUCAGGGAGGUCUUCAUUAGUAAGAGCAGGCCUUCCUUCCUCCCCUACAUCGUCCUCUUCCCUCUGCUCCUCCCCCAUUGCUUCCUCCUCUACAUUUACCAGGUCAUUAGCGGCCUCCUGCAUCAGUCAGUCUAUAAGUCAGAGUAUGGCAAAGAAGAACACUGUCCGGCAACAAGCCCCACCCAUGAAGUCAGUAAAUCAAAGGCCCUCCUCCACUCCAUCCUUACCCUCUGCUCAUCUACGACAGCGUUCCCCUUCUCCUGGACUCCCUCCCAGUCAUCAAGGUUCCAGUACACCUGCUUAUGUCAAACCAGGGUGCAACAAGGAUGGGUACCAGCAUCCAAGAUGUCCACCGUCCUCUCUCCAGUCCUCUUGUCCUUCUCUGUCCCCUCACUUGCCUCCUCAUUCUCUCUCACACCAGUCUCCUUCCCCAUCUACGAGUAUGGUCCAUUAUCAAUCUACCCACUCUUCUUCUACUUCCGUCCAUCCUUCAUUCCUUCAGUCACAAGUGGAUUCACUGCAGAAUGGAAACAACAACAAUAACAACAAGUUAGCGGGUUUAACCACAGUGACCAGCAACCCAAGUUAUACCAGCAGUGGCAUUAGUGGUGCUGAUAAUAAUGGGGGCUGGUCAGGAAGUCCACAGAAAGCUCCUUUAGCUAAUCAGAGCACUAAUUCCACAGUAAUGCAACAAACACAUGAUUUUCUCUGGUCAGGGUCACACAACCGGGUAGCUCAGCCUUUUUCUGCAUCUGAACCAAGCUCACGGGUUCAAUCCCCAUCUCCGACCCCAGCCCCUGCUCUGUUUACUCGGCUCUACUCCCCACCUCCUCAACAUAACUACUCCUCCCCCAUGGCAAACAAACCUCCUCACCCCCGGAGCACAAGAGCAGGGGGUACAAGUUACCAUAAUCCACUAGGCCUAACUUUAGAGCUACCCACAUCCUCCUCAUGUCUGAGCCCCCGUAUACUUUCCCCACCACCUAUUGGUGUGUCAGUGAAUGUGUGGACUAAUAAUGUUGCAGCGCCUCAACCGAGAAACCCCAGAUUUGCUUCUGCUUCUUCUCCUUCAUCACCCUUGUCUUCCUCAUCAAUGUUCACUUCCUCACCAGUUCCACUACAAAGUUCCAGAGCCCCCUCCCCGUCUGGCCCCUGUCCCACUGGGCCCCGAAUGACCUCCCAAACCCUCCGUAGAUCUUUCUCCUCCAACUUGGCCGACAGACCUCCGAGCCCAGUGCGGAGCAGCUCCAGUGGACUGCGUCGCUCCUGGACUGAGAGCGGUCGCAGGUCCUUUGGUUUCGGUGGAAGUGAACGAGGGUCCUUUGACCAGCAGGAGUCCUGUCCACCUAGUCCAAGGAGUGGAUGGUCCUCAUACAACAGCUCACCACCCUGCCUCAGCCCCCAACCUGGGCUUCAAUCCCCUCUUUCGCCCAGCAGACUUAGCCCAGGGAAGGGCACCCUUGGUGGGCAGCAUUUUACCAGUGUGCCUUGGCCGGAUGUCCAGGAGCUUUCGAGCAGAUAUAAUGGGACUGAUGACCUUGAUAUAAGUGACACUACCGCUACCAUAACCUCCCCUCCUUCUCCUCUCUCUACAUCCUCUCCUUCUGUCCUCUACUCUCCCACUCCAUCAGAUAGCCACAAUGAAUGGGGAGACCCAGAGCUGGAAUACGGGAACUGUCGAAGCCAGCUCAUCUGCGCCUACGUUUCCCGGCCCGCCCACGAACUAACCCUCUCCUCCUCAUGCUUGGCCCUGUCCUCCUCAGGUAUGACCUCCCCUCCACUGACCUCCCAUCAAUACCAAAGCUGCCCAUCCCAAGUCAAACCACAACCUCAGGUCCAAAUGGCCACUGAAGCCCGCCCUGCACCAUCAAACCACUCCCCCUUGCUCCCAAUCCACUCCCCCUUGCCACUGAAUUCAUCACCCUUAUCUUUUGCCCACAAAACUGGGAACCUGAAGAGCAAUUACGCCACCACAGUCAACCUUCAGAUCGCUGGAAGUGGCCGAAUAACCUCGUUCAGUACUGCCCAAGUUAGCCUGACCCAAACCCUACAGGGUGGAGCCGGAGCCGGAACCGGAACCGGGGCUGGAGCCGGAGCCGGGACUGGAGCUGGAGGAGGAUCAGGUCCAGGGCAGAUGUUGAGGAGAGUAAGCAUCAAUGGACAUUCACUCAUGCAAUCCCCUCUUCCUCAGAAUUAUAAGAGGUUGUGAAAGGCCUUAAAAAAAAAAGAUAAUGGAAAGUAAAAAGAAAUGACUCAAUGUGUGCCCUGAACCGUAGAGAGGCAACUAAGCAACAAACAUUGUUGUGUAACUGCUGGAUUUAUAGUCAGUGAUCCAAACCAGAAUUCACUGGCUGGACUGGAACCUUGAGCUUGAAACACUUCCCUAAUCCAUCAUGGUGAAAAGGAUCUUUCGAAAAUAGCAAAGGUGCUUUGGGAGUCAGAACAUCUGAGGGAUCUACUGAGUGCUGAAGUUUGCAUACCUUAUCAGACAAUCUUUCAGGAAUUUGCAUUCUGCCCAAACAUGGUCUGUAUUGUGCAAUCUGGGACUUUGAGAUGUAAUCUUCUUGGACGAGCACCAAAACCCUGAUAGCCUGGAGUGUGAAGAGUCUGUAGAUGUGGAAUCUGGAUCAAGUUUCAAGCCUGUUCACAGCUCUGGACGUUUCCGUAGGGGCAAUGACUUUCCACAGGGAUUUCCAUGUCAUUAUUCAUUCUUUGUAAAAUAUAUUAACAUGUAAUGAGAUGAAGAACAUUGAGUUUUAAUCCAACACAGACACAUCGAAGGUCCAGUCUCCAACCUGUGCUGUGUGCAAUCAUGGUGACUUGGUGUUUUAUUAACUGUUCCUCUGUUUUUGUUUUAUUUUAUAUUCUAUUGAGCAAAAUGUUAUCUGAGGUCAGUGUGUACAAUCAGUGAUAACUCUGGUGAUUAUUAUCUCUUCUUCUUAACCAUUUUAAUCAUUCUUUUUAUUUUAUUGAUUAUUUAUGAAGUUAGUCUUAUUCUCUUUGGCACUUAUUAUCCUUAAAGUAAUGUUGGUAUUUUGCACAUGUGUCCUCAGCUCCUGGGUGCAUGCUUUCACCAUUUGUGUGUGUGUGUGUGUGUGUGUGCAUGUGUUUCUGUGCGUGUGUGUGUGUCUGUGAGUGAGAGUGUGUGUGUGAGAGAGUGUGCGUAUGUGUAUUUGUAUAGAUAUCUUUGUAAGGACCAUUCUAAUUAGUUUUGAAUGGUAUGGUUAAGGGGUUCGGGAAUGUUUUAUUCCCAUAAGGGUCCUCGCUAAGUACAAACUUGUGUGUGCAUUUGUGUGUAAAAUGACGUGUCUGCUGAGUUGUCCUCUAGCUUCAGACCAAGCUGAACCAUGUGUGUGUGUUUUUAAUGCUGCAUAUUGAUGUACUCAGAAGUUCCAUUGCUUCACUUUCUCCUGUCGUCACCGUGUUCGUCAGAAACCUUUCAUCUUUGAUUCACAUGGUUUUCAAAAGCUGUAAAAGAAAGUCAACGAGGUGGAAAUGAACAAACGUAGCAAUAAACCAGUCGACAAUUAUGUACCAUGCUCUUAUAAAA